AUGAGUUUCCUCGGUUAUGGGAUGCCUAGGGCCCCACUCACGGGUAAGGAAAUACUCGGCAUUGGAGUGAAAGAAGAGCUCAGCGAAGAUGUCGCCGAAGAUGCAUGCCUGGAAAUUAAAGAGGAACCACUUGAUUAUGGAGAUGAAACAAGAAAUGGUGUGUGUAACGUGAAUGUGUUACAUGAAAGUCAUUUCUUUCAUAACCUUCAUGAUCUAAGGUAUGAGGUACAUGCAAAAGACUCAUGUAACUUGGUUCAGGAUUGUAAUGACAUGUCAAAAGUACCAUUUAGGGCUAAGGACUGUGGGAAGACGUAUUCAUCAGAUGGGGUUCAAGUGAUGUACGAGGGAAGACUGAAGGAGGAUACACAACUAAAAUUGGAAUCCACAAGG